GUAAUAUAAGACAUUUAUGGAUGCAAAAGAAGCUCGCACUGAGGUUUCUCAGGAGCAGGCCAGGGAGUUGCUCAUUGGAAUAUCUUACUGCCUACCAGAUAAGGUUCAGAAUUCAGAAGUGCAGGAAAUUUUGACGGGUAAAGAGAGUGUUUCAAGGACAAACAGCGAUGGAGCGGAUAAGUAUAGAUCUGAACUGAUUUCUAUCUCUUACUGCCCAUCUCCUGAUAUGACACCAUCACCUGUGGCAUUAGGAAAACCAUGAUGGUUAGCAUGGAUCUCUUCUUUUCCCUACUUUUCUAAUAGGCUGCAAGGACUCUUUAUUUUGUCAUAAAAGUUUAUUGUAACGUGUUCUCCUGGUUGGGUGUGUUGUUGAACUUGCUAUAGUUUAAAUGUUUUUGAAUCCAAUGUUGGGUUGCUGUCUGUUGAUGUCAAUAGUAAGGGGAAGAUAUGAAGCAUCUUUUCCAUACGUAUCUAACGUGUAAUAUUACAGUAAAGAUAUGUUAUAAUUGGCGAUUUGGUCUUAUUUUAUCCCUGAUACUUUCUUUUUAUUGUUCA